AUGUCACAAAAGCCGACGGAUGUUUACGCUUAUGAUUACAUCGACAGCGCGCAUCCUAACGAGCUGCUGGAGACCCUGAGACACUUCUACCUCACCGGUGCCUUUACUGACGUUACGCUACAAUGUGCCGAGUCCGGACAGGUGUUUCAGUGCCACAAAGCGAUGCUCUCAGCCUGCAGCUCCUAUUUCAAAGUGAUGUUUACGGCAGAUAUGAAGGAGAGAUCCGACAGUGUGAUCAAACUGUCUGGGGUGCGCUGUGGGGUUCUGGCGGAUUUGGUUAACUACGUUUACACAGCCCAGGUGCGCAUCACAGAAGACAAUGUUCAGAGUUUACUGGAGGCUGCAGAUCUAUUCCAAUUCAUUUCAGUAAAACGGGCCUGCGAAGAGUUCCUCGUGCGCCUCCUGGAUGUUGAUAAUUGUUUGGGAAUGCACGCUUUUGCGCAGCUGCACCUGUGUCACAGUUUGGAGCGGGAGGCUCAGAGGAUGACGCUCAGCAGGUUUUCAGAUAUCAUACAACAGGAAGAAAUGCUAGAAUUGGAACUCGAAAGGAUGAAAACAUUUUUAUUAGGUCACAGUUUUGGGGUGCAGUCAGAAGAAAUUAUACUGGAUGCAAUAACGAAAUGGAUAUGCCACGAUAUUAAUAGACGUAUUCAGUAUGUUGGUGACCUAUUACGCACCAUUAAUCUAGAUUUGGAUGAGAACUACAGUAAUGCGUUUGAGACACAUGGACAGCUUUUACUUGCUAAUGAGGAAAAUGUGAAAUCUUUCAUCAUACAAGCAGCAAAGUCAAGCAUCAAGGGUCUACCCACAAAGAGAAAAAUGUCUUCUCAAAAUAUGUACAUCAUCGGAGGAUAUUAUUGGCAUCCUUUAUGUGAAGUUCAUAUUUGGGAUCCGAUAAGUAACACAUGGAUACAGGGGAAGGACAUGCCGGACCCUGACAGAGAGAGUUACAGCGUGAGUUUACUAGGAGCAAAUAUCUACGUGUCUGGAGGUUACAGAACUAACACGGUGGAGGCCCUGGAUGAGGUCUUUGUUUAUAACUGUGAUGGGGACGAAUGGACUCAGAGCUGUUCAAUGAUAACAGCCAGAUAUUACCACUGCUCUGUGGCGCUGCAUGGAUGUAUUUAUGCAAUAGGAGGCUAUAGGGGAGGGGCCCCAGAGAAAGACUGCGAGUUUUAUGACCCCUUAAAAAAACAGUGGUUCCCAGUGGCGCAAAUGAUUCAAGGUGUUGGAAAUGCCACAGCAUGUGUAAUGGGAGAUAAGAUCUAUGUGACUGGUGGCCAUUAUGGAUACAGAGGUAGUUGCACCUAUGAAAAAGUUCAGGUUUUUCGAUCCACUGUGAACGAGUGGAGUGUUAUUACCAUAAGUCCUCAUCCAGAGUAUGGCUUGUGUUCAGUGUCUCUCAACAAUAACAUGUACUUGGUGGGAGGACAGACCACCGUGGCGGACUGCUACAGCCCAGACAGUAACAAGUGGAAAACAAUUUCAGAGAUGAAAGAGCGCAGGAUGGAGUGUGGGGCUGUUGCCAUAAAUGGUUGCAUUUAUGUAAGUGGGGGAUAUUCCUAUUCAAAAGGUACUUACCUCCAGAGCAUUGAGAAGUACGACCCUGAACUGGACUCAUGGGAGAUUGUAGGUACUCUGCCCAGCCCCACAAGGUCUCACGGAUGUGUUUGUGUUUAUAGUCUUUAGUUGUUUGUUAUGAUAGUAUGAGGUGUAAAACUUUUUCAAAUCUUCUU